AUGGAUUACAGAGAAGGCUCUCCUAAACCUAAAAGGCAGCGAAAACAAUUGUCUUCUGUUUUGAAUGACAGUGAAAUAGAAGAGGCACUGUAUUCUGAUAAUUCUGAAGAUGACUACCAGCCUGAUGACGAGGAGUCAGCAUCAGAGAGUGAAAGUGAGGAACACCUCUGGAAUAUUGAAUGCCGUCCUCCGACACGUCCAUCAGUGUUACCUACAGUUCAGGAGCAAGACCUGCAGCCGUUCACUCUAACUGUAUCAGACAGUCAAGGUCAAGGUCAAGCCCAGAUAAACCAACCCUCUGCAUCAGGUUCAACCUCUGAAUGGACUACAACUGAGGAAGAAAGUGAGGACCCAAUUUUCAAGGUUAGAAGUGUUAUUGAUUACUUCAACAACAAGAUGAUUGAAUGUUAUUAUCCUGCAGCACAAUUAUCUCUGGAUGAAAGUAUGGUGCUAUGGAGAGGGCGAUUGAGUUUUCGGCAGUUCAUCAAAAAUAAGCGCCACAAAUACGGCAUCAAGUUGUACAUGCUCACUGAACCAGAUGGGUUGAUAUUGAAGUUUCGAGUGUAUGCAGGUGCAAAAGAUACAGACGUGACUGGAAAGGAACACGCUGAGAAAGUUGUCAUGGAGCUGCUUCGGGAAAAACUAAAUAGUGGUCACGAAUUAUAUAUGGACAACUAUUAUAAUAGUUUUGGUUUGGCAAAGAAGCUGCUUGAUCACAACACCUAUUGCACAGGCACUCUCCGUAAAGAUUUGAAAGACAAUCCUCACGAACUCAUGAAAAAAAAAAUUAAAAAAGGAGAAAAUUGCUCAAUGUUUCGUGAUGGAGUGCAUGUUGGUGUGUGGAAAGAUAAACGUGUUGUGACGUAUAUUACUACCCAGUAUGAAGACAAAAUGGUUCAAGUUCAAAAUAAACGUGGCCAUGUUACUCAGAAACCAGAAGCUAUUUCGAAAUAUAACGAUUACAUGUCAGGAGUAGACAGGCAAGACCAGCUUCUAGCUUACUAUCCAUGCGAAAGAAAAACUACGUUGAUGUACAAUAAAUAUUCAGGACAACGUAAAAUGUCUCUCUAUGAUUACCGCUUGAAUGUCAUAAAUGCUCGGCUGCCAGAACAUGUGCCAGAAAAUAGACCUUCAAAUACCCACAGUGCUCAUAAAAUAAUGAAGGCCACUGAAACUACUUCAAAUGGGCGUCUCAAACGAAAGACAUGUCGCCAGUGUACCAAGAAUAAAAAGCGUACUGACUCUCCUUGGUAUUGUGGCACCUGUCCUGACAAACCUGGACUUUGUGUGGAAUGCUUUGAAAAUUACCACUUAGAACUUAAUUAGUCUUCAGUUUCGUUGUAAUGUUGA